AUGGGAACGACAGGAACGAUUACGGGUACUGGGAUCUACUUGAAGCAACAAAACCCCGCAGUGCAAAUUGUUGGUGUUGAACCCUUGAGUGAAGAAGAAAAAAUUCCUGGCAUCCGUCGUUGGAAUGCUAAUUAUGUUCCCGCUAUUUUUGCUCAAGCUCAGGUUGAUAUGAAAAUUAAUAUGACACAGAAAGAAGCCGAAGAUACGAUGCGUCGUUUAGCAACAGAAGAAGGUAUUUUCUGUGGGGUUUCCGCAGGGGGGGCUGUCGCUGCCGCACUUAAAUUGUCGCAAAGCGUCGAGAAUGCCACGAUUGUUACCAUCAUCCCUGAUC